CGCGAAGUGAACUUCGAAAAAUCGAGCAAAGACGAAGAUGAUGGAUGAGAGUGAAGACGUAUUCGAAGAUUGGGAAGACGCUUUCUUGGACCAAUUAAUCCAGGUGGAAGAACUUGCUCUCUCUUCUAUUGCAAAACCAAGUUCCAAUCCUCCUCAUUCCCAUAAUCCUCCUCCUCCGCCUCCUCCGACCUCUUCAUUCACUUCGCACGCCCCUUCACAACCGCCUCAAUCACGCCGCCACCACCUCCAACAACCGCCGCAUUCUUUCGCGGCUUCUUCCUCCUAUAAUGAUGUUAGUUACUCGCCCCCACGAGAGCUCUCUCAAAGGAGCACGGAUUUUGAUUCUUUUCAACACUCUCCGAGUCGCCCUGCAAAAUGCCCUUCUCUUGCGGUUGCUCCGAUUGCACGACGACCCGAUAAAGACAAAGAUGAUGAAAUCGAGCGGUUAAAGAGGGAGCUUGGACAAGCAUCGAAGCAGCUUGCUCUCCUGGAAAAGGAGUGUCUUGAAUUAAAGAAACAAAGAGAAAAGAAAGAUGAGCAGCUCAAGUUUGUGGCUUCAAAGAAUGAAGAAGAAAAUGAAUAUGCGAACCAGUCAAAGAGUAUAAACAUCAUCUGUACAAAUUCUAAUGAUCAUGAUGGCAGGGAAUGGAGAAAUCUUGCUUCAGAUCGUCAUGGCAUCUCUCAAAAAAUUCACAAUAGACAACCUUCAAAAGUGCAGGCUGCUGGGUCUAAUUAUAAAGCUACAGGAGUUCAGACAGACAUAGACACUCAGAAGGAAGCUCAAAAUAUUCUGAAUGAUGAUGUGCCGGCUUGUCUUGAACUUUCUGAGAAGUUGCUGGCAAUUUGGGGCUCAUCGGGUGAACAAAAGCUAGGAAGCAACGUGACAUCCAAAUUGCUUGUGGGCUGUCAACGAGAUUUUCAUAUUCUUUUUGGGUUGAUGCCCAUAAAUCUACCCUCUAAAAUAACAACCAAAUUUCUUACAGAUAUAAGUUCUUCUGGAGUAGCAUUGCAGUAUAUGAAGGACUGUUUUCAUACUCCAGAAGCAAUAAAAGUGUCACAACUCUACCAUAUGUUGACAAAGAUAACUGAAGGGACAGCUGUGUUGGAAACUUUGUUUGAACCAUUACUUGACCUUUGUAGUGUUAAAAAUGUUGUUGUUGUCCAUAGCUCUCUAUGCAUACUGCAUACUUAUCUGAAACUCCUACUGGAAUUGGAAAAUUACUCCGUAAGAAGUGCACUUUACUCAGGGACAAUGUGCUUGUUGAGGGAGUUUGCUUGGAGAACAAUAUUGUUGAUUCUUGUGGACCUGAACUUGCGAAAGAUGAAAAAAACUCUUAUAUGCACACCAAUGAGACAUCUCAUGCAGGGUGCGAUCAGCUCCAGCCAGAAUUGUUUGAUGUAG